AUGGCUGCAUUCACCAUUACACGAAAGCAGCGUUUGAUGGCUACUAUUGCCAUUUCUGCGGCAUUCUUUGUCGCAGAGUUGAUUGCCGGAUGUUAUACUCACUCUCUGGCUCUUAUCGCCGAUGCUUUCCACUACCUCAGUGAUCUAGUUGGCUUUGUGGUGGCCUUUGUAGCCCUCACGGUAUCCGAAGGAUCUCAACCACCACCCAAAGAAUUUACAUUCGGAUGGCAGAGAGCAACUCUUCUCGGCGCAUUCUUUAAUGGCGUCUUCCUUGUCGCUCUCGGCGUCAGUAUUCUUGUCCAAGCGAUCGAGAGGUUUACUCACACUCUCCAUAUUGAUGAGCCGAAAGUGGUGCUGGUAGUGGGAUGUGUUGGGCUCGGGCUGAACCUGCUAGUGAUGUCAUUUCUUCAUGAACACGACGACCAUGAUCACGGACACGGGGAUGGCCAUUCCCACAGCCAUGGUUCUCACGAUGAUGCUGCUCAUUUCGACGAUGAAGCUUUCAUGAUGGUGGAUGACCCCGAGAACAGGGCGGAAAGUCGCAAGGUUUCAGUGACUAGCAGCCACCAUGAACAUAAGCAUUCUUUUGUCGCCCCCUCCAAGCCUGGGAGAGAUCUCGGAAUAUUUGGCGUCUUCAUCCACGUCGUCGGGGACGCGAUUAAUAACGUCGGAGUCAUCGUCUCUGCAGUUAUUAUUUGGAAGCUGGACAGUCCCGCACGGUACUAUGCCGAUCCGGCCGUUGGCAUCUUCAUCGCCAUCAUGAUCUUUUUGACUGCAAUUCCUUUGACCAAAAAAAGCGGCAGCAUACUCUUGCAGAUCGCCCCUGGAGGAAUCGACGUGGAGGACGUCAAACAUGACAUUGAGAUGAUUCCUGGUAUUGAGUCGGUACACGAGCUUCACGUCUGGCGCCUCGAUCAGCGGAAAACUGUUGCAUCGGCACAUAUAGUGGUUGACGAUAGAACCGUCAAGCACUUUACCGAAAAGGCAAAAAUUGUCAUGGAAUGUCUGCACGCGUACGGCAUUCAUUCCGCGACUCUUCAGCCAGAGAUCCUUCCCCCCAUCACAGAGCAGCAUGUUGAAGAUGUCUCGAAUGCCAGAGAGACAACAGUUCAUCGGCGUCGUCUUAACCGAUCAGGUUGCCAGUUGGUUUGUGGCAGUGUCUGCGGAGGGAUGAGAUGCUGCAACUGA